AAUGGCCACGUGGAUGUCGUGAAGAAGCUUGUCGACAAGGGUGCCAAGGUCAAUGCGUCCAAUAAAAGAGGAUGGACGGCACUCUUCUUUGCAUCGCAGAAUGGCCACUUGGAUAUCGUGAAGAAGCUAGUCGAGACAGGCGCUGAUGUCCAUGUGACGGAAAAGAGAGGAUGGACGCCCCUCCACAAGGCAUCAGAGAAAGGUCACGUAACUGUAGUCGAGAUGCUGGUCGACCAUGGGGCCGACGUUGAUGCGGCCGAAGAAGAUGGAUGGACGCCGCUGUUUCUUGCAUCGCAGAAUGGCCACUUGGAUGUCGUGAUGAUGCUUGUCGAGAAAGGCGCUAAUGUCAAUGCGUCGGAAAAGGUAUACAAUGCAGCUACAAUUGGAUGCACUCAUCGUAUCUCGAUUUAG